GUGUAGUCUGUUGCUAGGAAAGCAGUGGGAAGCGGUUAGAAGUUUUAUUUUCUGUAAUCUGGAGUUUUCAAUAGGUGUGAAAGAUUGUGAGUGAGUUGACUCUUUUCAUUUGGAAAAUAGAGACAGAUGACAAUAAGGCUGGCUCUUGUUGUGCUGCAUAUUGUACUUGUUGGUACACAAAUCUGGGCCUCAUCUCACUACAGAGAGGAUUUGGAGGAUAAUGAGUUUGCUGAGUUUGAAGACUUUGAAGAGGAUGAAGAAGAUUCUGUACCAAAAGAAGCAGAUGAGCAACAAGCACAGGCACAGAAGGGAAGGAAAGGUGCAGAUGUUCAGGAGUUAGAUGAAGAGGAGGAUGAGGAAGAAGAUGAAGAUGUUGUUGAGGAUGAUGAAAGUGAAUUUGACCACUUUCAAGAUGAAGAGGAGUUUGAGGGCUUUGACAGUGAACGAGCAGGUGGCAGUGGCAAGUUAGAUGACAAGGAAGCACCAAAAAUUACCAUAACUAAGGUUCCAUUGCAUUUUCGAACCAAUUGGGACAGCUUCUAUCUGGAGAUGCUGAUGAUUGCUGGGUUGGUGGUUUACUCAUUGAACUUUUUUGCAGGGAAAAGCAAGAAUAACAAACUAGCAAAUGCUUGGUUUACCUCACACAGAAGUUUGCUGGAGGAGAAUUUUAGUCUUGUAGGUGAUGAUGGGAAGAUAGAAAGUGAGAAUCCAGGUCUUUUGAAAGAUUCUGAAAAUCUUUAUACACUGUGGUGCAGUGGUCGUACAUGCUGUGAAGGCAUGCUUGUUGAACUGAAGUUCCUCAAGAGACAAGACUUGGUGGCAGUGAUUGCACAGUUAAUGAGGCCAAGCAGUGACCAGGUGCACAUCAAGGUGGACAUGAACAAAGAAGAUAUGGAUAGUAUUGUAUUCUGUGUAGCCACAAAGAAGUCUGCCUUGCGCCUAUCAAAAGACAUGGCUGACUUGAGUGUGUACUGCCCAGAGAGAAGAUCAGUUGAAAAGUAUGGAUUACCUUCCAACUUUAGUCUUUUAUGUGAAAUUGUGGAGGUAGCAGCAUCAUUAUUAGACCCACGCAUCGUUGCUGUCAUCAACAAGUAUGCUGACAUCAUUGACUACAUCCAUUUCUCAGACCAGUUUUCUGGACCCAAACAACCUGAGGAUUCUAGUCUAACGAAGCUGCCAGACACAAAGAAGUUGUUGAUGUUUGGAUUCAAUAUUCCUUUGAAAGGAAAACCAGUGCAUGAAGCUAUGGAUCAGAUGCGACCUCUGCUGCAGUUAGUCUUUUAUUGCAUGGAUAAGGUCAAGAGAUUUAGACUUAGUAAAGAGGCGAAGAAUAAGGCGGAAAAAAAUAGGCUGCGUGUUGAGGAGGCAUUCCUAAAGACAACCCAUGCUGCUCGUGCAGAGGCGGCAGCUGCCCGCAGAGAGGAAAAGAAGAGGCAGGAAAAAGAGAGAAUUCUUUUGGAGGAUGAUCCUGAGAAGCAGAGAAAAUGGGAGGAUCGUGAAAUGAAACGCCAAAUGAAGAAGAAAGCUCCGAAGAUGAAACAGCUUAAAGUCAAAGCAUUAUAAGCACAGAUAAUGGUAGUCAAGCAGUAUCAGUAAUCAUAUUUUGUAUUUAUUAUGCAUAGUUGUUUGCGAAUAGGCCCUUGUUUUCUAUUCAUUUGUAGAAUAACACCUACUCUUAUUACAUACAUAUAAAAUUACAUUUUUUUAAAGGGAUUGUUUAAAGCAUAUGAUUUAUUUUCCCGAGUGAUAUGUCAUACAGUAAUGGUGCAAGAUAUUGUGAAAUACUUGGUAGUGCAGUAAAUGAAAUCUUGUUCAUCUGGUAUAUGUUGAAGAGAAUUCAAUACUCUUUCUUAAAUAAAAGCUCUUAUAAUCACUAACAGUUGCUAUACCAAACUUUUAGGGACAUAUGCGGCACUGGAAGGCCUGAUAAAUUCACUCCUUCCAUCUAUAUGCAUGAAACACUGGUAUGGAGUGUUAGUAAAAUUUCCCAACACAUUUCAGUUUUUGUUGAAACUGGGCAAAAAUAAUUGACAUUUUACAAGAUGACCUACAUGCAUUUCUGUGUGUAUCUUAUCAAAUAUUUAUCAGAGCAAAAAACAUAUAAAUAUAAAAUGGUAGAGGAAAUUGAAAUCCUCGUUUUUAUCUCUAGUACACUUUUCGCAUAACUUUAUGUUUUUCAUCAUAAUUAAACCUACGUAAUGCAAUG